AUGGCGGAGGCCGAAGACUUUGUCAGUCAGGAGCCGCAUUUAGCUCUAUUAAAAGGCUCACCAAGAAAGAGGAGAAGAUUAGAUCAGAAGUGUGGAGUGUUCUCCCCAGCAGAACAAAGUGCUCUUAAGGAGUAUGAAAAGCUGGAGUUAAGAACCAGGAGGGUUCUGAGUAACACUUAUCAGAAACUUAUCCAAUCUGCUUUCCUGGAUGAUGGCAUCCCUGGUGGGGUCAAGUAUCUCAUAAACCGACUUCUUGCUCUGAUUGAAAAGCCAUCCUUGGAACCCAUCUACAUUGGACUCUUUGGAGCACCUGGAGCAGGCAAGAGUUCCCUGCUUAAUGCCAUCAUCCAUCAAGCAAUGUUUCUCCCCGUGUCAGGAGAAAGUGUAUGCACUUCCUGCAUAGUCCAAGUGAGCUCCAGCAUCUGUAAACAGUAUGAAGCAAAAAUCCAUCUUCUUUCUGACCAGGAGUGGAAGGAGGAGCUACGGAACCUCACUAAACUUUUGCAAAGGCCAGAGGAGGAGGAGGAUGGAGAAGAGAACUCUUGGGACAGAGAUAACACAGUGGAGGAGGCCAUUUGGAAAUUGCAAGUGCUGUAUGGAAAUGGAGCAGAACGAAAGACUUAUGAGGAGUUAUUGAGGGCACAGCCCCGAGCAAAGAUCCCCGCCUCCAGGGUCAUCACCCUCAAGGGAGAAGAGGCAAAUGAGCUCUCUGUAAAACUGGACCCUUACAUUCGGACUCAGAUGAGGAAUACAGAUGGAGGACCAGUUAGAGCCCAAAUCUGGCCCUUGAUCAAAUAUGUAGAAGUGACUCUUCCCAAAUCAGGGGUGAUUCCAGAAGGUGUAGUGCUCGUAGACAUACCUGGAACAGGUGACUUUAAUAGCAAAAGAGAUGAAAUGUGGAAAAAGACCAUUGAUAAGUGUUCUGUGAUCUGGGUGAUCAGUGACAUUGAGAGGAUUUCGGGGGAAAAAAUUCAUGAAGAACUUCUCUGUGAAAGUAUCAAAGCUUGCCAGCGGGGAGUCUGCCAAGAUAUUGCCCUGGUGGUUACAAAGUGUGAUAAAUUCUGUCUGCCAGAAUACUUAAGAGAAAGAAAAGGGGGAAAUCAGGUGAUUGAAAGUCAGCGUGAAGCAAUUUUAGAAAGAAAUGAAGUUGUGAAUCUGCAAAAGAACAGGAAUCUCAAGGAAAAACUGAAGAGAAAACUGCCUACUGACUCCAAGGUUCUAGAAGCCUCAGAUCUGGUUUACACAGUCAGCGCUCAGGAGUAUUGGCGACAGGAGUUACUCCAUGAGGAAGAGACUGAAAUCUCCAAAUUAAGAGACUAUAUAAGGAAAAAGUUUCUGGAGAAGAAGAAGAAGACUGUGACUGAAUUUGUUACCGAAGCUUUUGGAAUCCUGUUACUCACAGACACUUUUAACUCUCAGGAUGGUCUGACGAAUGAAUACUUUCACCAGAUCAGCCUUCGGAGAUUUGUGGAAGAGAGAAUACAGUUGUUGGAGAAGGAUGUGGACCAGUGCUUUACCCAGGUAGAACAGUCUCUGCAGGAAGGGGUGAGAGAUGCAAGGACUUCCUACCGAAGAAUCCUCAGUGGAUGUCUAACUAGGAGCAAAGGAAAUCAAGGUUUCCACCAGACUUUGAAAGCUGUUUGUCUGAAAGAUGGCAUCUAUGCUUCAAGGACUCUUGCCAGAAUAGAUUUGAAUGAAGCCAUCACGCAGCCUAUUUAUGACAGAGUGGACCCUGUUUUUGGAAACAUUUUUCGGACUGGGAAGAACACCAGUUCUGCACUCAUACUUCACAUAGAUACUUUCAAGCACUCUCUGCAGGAGAAAAUGAGAGAAGUGAUGAUAAAAAGAGGGUGGAAAUCUGACAGCUGCAAGCAUAAUUUUCUGAUCCAGGAGAUAAAUGCUAUCUUGGGAGGCCUGGAAGGACAUAUACUCAGAAGGAAGAAGAGGAUCUACGAAUCUCUCUGCAACUCUGUUCAGAAUGAUUUGAAGCUGUGUUACGAAGAGGCAGCUCAUAUAACUGGCAAGAAAGCCUGCGAGCGAAUGAAAGACACCAUCAGAAGAGGUGUGGACAGACAAGUGGCUGAGGGUUUAUUUGAAAGGGCCCAAGAAAGGAUGAAGAAUCAAUUCCAGCAAUUGAAGAACGGAAUCAUAGAAAAAGUGAAGGGAAAUGUCUCCACCAUGCUGAUCCUUGCUUUACCCAGGGGAGAAAGCCUCUACAAGGAACUAUCAGAUGUCAAGAAUGAAUACAAAGAAAUGGAAAAAUUGUAUAAGAGCCUGAGAGAAAUUGCAGAGAAUGCGGUGAUGAGAAGGGGAAUGCAAGAGUUUCUCAUGAGAAUGUCACCUAGAAAAGUUACCUCCCCGCAAAAUGCAGCUCUUGCCCUUUGUGAUUAG